AAUGUCCAAAUGGUUAUUUUGGAUUCAGUUGCGAAAAAGCAUGCCCUUACCCAUACUAUGGAGAAAAAUGUCUACACACGUGCCAGUGCAGUAGGUUAGCGUGUAAUAUUUCCUAUGGGUGUACCAGAUUUACAGGGUAUACAGGAAGUCAGAAUUUGUUCUCAACACUAGUCAAUGAUGGAAAGCAUGAUCCAUAUAUAGGAUUUCUUUCCUACCAUAUAACUAAUAUCACAGUGUUACCCUUGUCAAACAUAUCAGUAACAGUAACCUCUAAACCAAGAUCCUUAGACAAUCUUCUGCUCACAGCAAUUUUGUUUGCAGCAGCGUCCGUAAUGUUGGUGGUUGCACUACCACUAAUUCUUUAUUGUGUUCUAAAUAAGAAGACGACACUAUUUAAGAAGAAUGAUUACGUUUCUCCUGCUAUUAUAGCUCAUGCCAGAAAUGAUGCACAACAAAAUACCAAUGAGUACGAAACUCUUGGGUAUCAAAUGCUAUUUCAGGGCGUUGGUAAUCUUUCAAUUUGGUACGAUCGUAGAAAAGAAUCAUACUCUAUAAAUGUUCUAUCAUCAAGGGACAUUUGUGACAAAGAAGAAAAACCACAAAGGAUGGCAUCAAAUCAAACAAUUGAAAUAAAUCCCCUGAUUGCAGGUGAUCAAGAUAACGCCUAUGUGCUGCCAAAUAAUAUAGAUACAGCAUCAUCAUCAGAUGUACAUACGUUUAAUGAUGAAUUUCACGCAACACCAGAAUCUGACAGUAAAAGCACCAAUGUGUACGUGACGGUUAUACCCUCAGAUUAAUGACACACGACCUUAU